UCUGUGUAGUCGGUUUACGGCACCUCCUCUUUUUGCCACGGCAGCUAGUGGAAGAGGUCUUCAGUGGGCUGUUUCUGCCUUCGCCCUACGCCUGCUUUCUUAUAGCGCCCGCCUCGUCCUCCGUGGCGCGCUCCACCUUACGCCAGCUUCUCCAGCAGCCGUUGCCUCUUCUGCCUCUGUGUUGGCCCCCGCUGGUGCCUACGGACCAGGCUAAGCCGUCUUCUUCACUUUGGUGAGUCUUUUCCCGUCAAAAAACUGAAGAUGGAAGGGCUCGGAGAACAAGGCGCAGCCGGUGCAGUGGGUCCGUUACUGGGCGCUGUGGCAGCCCCAGCCUCUCCGCAGCUUUUGCUGGGGUACUCCUUAGACGCGGACUUUAUUGAGAGUCUGCCUCUGGCAGUUAAGUGCCGAGUGUAUGCUCUCAAAAAGCUUCAGGCUAAAUCCGCCGGCCUGGAGGCAAAGUACCUCAAGGAAUUUCAUUCCAUCGAGAGGAAAUUUGCCAAGAUCUAUGGGCCUUUACUGGAAAAGAGACGUCAGAUCAUCAAUGCAUUGUAUGAGCCCACGAAAGAGGAAUGUGAGGUGAAAUCCACGGUCGCAGACUGUAACUAUAAGGUGGCAGAGAACUCUGAGGCUCAGGUGUAUGGUCCGGAAGAGAAUUCGGAGUAUGAGGACUUGGAGGAGUAUUGUGAGGAGGGUUUUGAGGACGUUGAGGAGGUAUUUGGGGAGUAUGGAGGAGGAGAGGGACAUAAUGUGGACGGAGAGAAAGAAGAUCCUAAAGGGAUCCCUGAUUUCUGGCUCACGGUUUUAAAGAAUGUACAGGAGAUCACUCCGCUGAUUCAGAAAUAUGAUGAGCCUAUUCUGAAGCUCUUGCAAGACGUGAAAGUCAAGUAUUCAAAACCUGAUGAGCCUCUCACCUUCACGUUGGAAUUUCACUUUGAACCCAAUGACUACUUUACGAAUGAGGUGCUAACCAAAACAUACAUGCUCAAGUCUAAGCUUGAUUACUCAGAUCCCCACCCCUUUAGGGGUUCUGCGGUGGAGCAUUGCAUUGGCUGCAAAAUAGACUGGAAGGAGGGAAAGAAUGUCACUGUGCAAAGGGUCCUGAAGAAGCAGAGGCACAGGUUUUGGGGACUGAUGCGUACCACGACCCAGGAAUUUCCCCGAGAAUCCUUCUUCAAUUUCUUCAAUGCUCUCCGAUGGGGCCUAGAUGCCGAUGAGGAUGAGGAAGAUGUUUUCAUUGCUCACACUUUGCGCACCUUUGUCAUCCCAAGAGCUGUGUUAUACUUCACAGGAGAAGCUCUUGAGGCUGAGCAAGAAGGGAUGUUCAGGGAAUGUAAUAACCUGACUUCUGACAGAAUCACACAGGAGAUCCAGGUGGCUGCAGUUGAUGGUGCAAAAGUCCAAGACCUGGUCUCCCAGGCAGAAGACAUCGAUCGCUGAAGUAGAAUGGUUGGAGUUUGUGAGCCCUCUGUUUAAUAACUGGAAGUUAAAAUAACCAACACUUAAUCAUAAAUUACCUGCAAUCUUAGUGUGUGUAUCUCUUCUUGGUAGUUUCAUAUAAAAUGAUGUUUAUAUAUAUUUAGCAAUGCAUUUCACCUAACACUACAGUGGUUUAAACUUUGUCAAGAAAUGUAGAAGGAGGUGAGCUCUCUAAGCAUGUGAAUAACUUACUAUUGUAAAUUCAUGGUUUUUGUCAGGUUACUAUUAGUCUCCAGCUAUGGAAAAUUACCAGAACUUAUAACAGAUUUAUAUGUUUGGUUUCUCCUCUCCUUUGAAGCAAUAAAACCUGAUAGCCUCCUUUCCCCAAGCCCUCUCAAGAGGCUUUAAUCUGUUGUGCUAGCUGUGCCUUCAUCUCUUUGUUAUAGAUAUGUAGCAAGUAACACUAACUAAAUUACACUUGAUUUAUAAUUUGAGAAAUUGCUAGUAUAAGAAUAAUUUGCAGCAAAUCCACAUUUAAUAACUGUCACUUUGUUUAUAGGCUCCUGUAUUUAUGUGAUAUAGUUAUCUGCUCAAAACCUAGUUUUAUUAUUGCUUAAUAAUAAAUUAAAUGCAUUAUGCUUAAAACCAUUUCUCCUAAGGCCUGCCAUAAUUGUACCAUGUACUUCUUCUAGAUGGGCUAGAGUAUGCAUUUUCAUUUCUGGAUUGUUUUCAUCUUUCUUGUAAAUGGAUUACCUUACAUUGUUAGUUAAGCUUUAUUGCCUCGUGUUUGCUCAUUCGAGAAUAAAAUUAUCAUGAAUGUUAA